AAAGGUUUGUUGUUUUUGGAACGUGGACAAAAAACAGCAGUUCUGUUCAUUUCUCCUCUUUCCUUCCACUGCAAAUUCUAUGAGAACAUCUGUUUUAUUUUCUUUAGCUUAUCUCUUGCACCUCUGCUGUUUGUGGCAGUUUUGAUUGUUUUGGUUGUUGUUGUUGUUUUAAUUUUAGAUUUUGUCGGGCUGGUGGAUACACACAUUUUGCCAGCUGUUAGCAGUCAAGUGUGUUAGGGAGCCCCAAGGGAUGAGGAGAGAGAGCCUUGUGCUGCUCCCAGAGGACCCAGAUUGCUAGCUGUCUUUGGAUGGGCAGGUAGCUCAUAGUUCUGCAAGUAUGAGAAAGGGAUGGUGCUGGCUGUAGAGGGAACCAGUAAGUCACAGUGCGCAAAGAAAAGGACCUGUAAUUCUUCUUUAUGUGAGCUACUCCACCAAAGCAUGUGAGCAAGGCUUUGAGGAGCAAAUCUAAGGUACAGUGGUACCUCGGUUUUCAAACGUAAUCCAUUCUGGAAGUCCGUUCGACUUCUGAAACAUUCAGAAACCGAAGCAUUUACUUAUGGAAGCAUUUACUUACAGUAAACUCAAUACGGAAGCUGCAUGGUACGUUCGACUUCCAAAAAGCGUUUGAAAACCGAAGCAGUACUUCUGGGUUUUUCGGCGUUCGAAAACCGAAACGUUCAACUUCCGAGACGUUCGAAAACCGAGGUACCACUGUAUAAUCUUCCCAACGGUGAAGUUUGUACACACAGAUUUCUUUAACUAACCUGUGGAAUCCUGUCUGACCUCCAAACUGGCGAUGUCAAGGGUACCGAGUCCUCCUCCUCCGGCAGAGAUGUCAAGUGGGCCUGUUGCUGAGAGCUGGUGUUACACUCAAAUCAAAGUGGUCAAAUUUUCCUACAUGUGGACCAUCAACAACUUCAGCUUUUGCCGGGAGGAAAUGGGAGAGGUUAUCAAAAGUUCAACAUUUUCAUCAGGAGCUAAUGAUAAAUUGAAGUGGUGUUUGCGCGUGAAUCCAAAGGGCUUGGACGAAGAGAGUAAAGAUUACCUUUCCCUCUACCUGCUACUGGUCAGCUGUCCAAAGAGCGAAGUCCGAGCCAAAUUCAAGUUCUCCAUCCUGAACGCAAAAGGAGAAGAAACGAAAGCAAUGGAGAGUCAGCGAGCCUACCGGUUUGUGCAAGGCAAAGACUGGGGAUUCAAGAAGUUUAUUAGAAGAGAUUUUCUCUUGGAUGAGGCCAACGGACUCCUCCCAGAUGACAAGCUCACUCUCUUCUGUGAGGUGAGUGUAGUACAGGACUCUGUCAAUAUCUCCGGCCAGAACUCCAUGAACAUGGUGAAGGUACCUGAAUGCCGCUUGGCUGAUGAGUUGGGAGGCCUCUGGGAAAACUCUCGCUUCACAGACUGCUGCCUGUGUGUAGCAGGCCAGGAGUUCCAGGCUCACAAAGCCAUAUUAGCAGCACGUUCUCCGGUUUUCAGCGCUAUGUUUGAACAUGAGAUGGAAGAGAGUAAAAAGAAUCGAGUUGAAAUCAACGAUGUGGAACCUGAAGUUUUUAAAGAAAUGAUGUGCUUCAUUUACACGGGGAAGGCACCUAACCUCGAUAAAAUGGCUGACGAUUUGCUUGCAGCUGCUGAUAAGUAUGCUUUGGAACGCUUGAAGGUGAUGUGCGAGGAUGCUCUGUGCAGCAACCUGUCCGUAGAAAAUGCAGCGGAGAUCCUCAUCUUGGCUGAUCUACACAGCGCUGACCAGCUAAAAACUCAGGCGGUUGACUUCAUCAACUACCACGCUUCCGACGUCAUGGAGACUUCAGGAUGGAAGUCGAUGGUCGUGUCUCACCCCCAUUUGGUGGCCGAGGCAUAUCGCUCGUUGGCCUCUGCGCAGUGCCCUUUUCUGGGACCCCCACGCAAGCGGCUGAAGCAAUCCUAAGGCCGGACCCCAUCGCACAACCCCGCGUGUGUAUGUGUGGCUUUUUAAACAAAGGAAAAAAAAUGGAAGUAGCAACAGAAGCAAGUUGCUUUUCCAACCUUGGCCACCAGGUAGACGAUGCAACCUGUGGAGCUUUUAACUCUGUU